CCCAUAAAUUUCUCAUCACUUUACACUUUAUACCCCAAUAAAUUAAUACCGACGUCCACUCUACGCAGAAACUUCUUUUUUUAUCGCAACUAUAUUUUUCUCUUCCUGUGAUAACUCAACCCACCAUGUCUAGCCCUUCUGCUUCAUCUCGCAAGGCUUUGAGCAAGAUCGCUUGUAAUCGGUUACAGAAAGAGCUUGUGGAAUGGCAGGUUAAUCCACCUGCUGGAUUUAAACACAAAGCUACUGAUAAUCUUCAAAGAUGGAUAAUUGAAGUCAAUGGGGCACCUGGAACUUUGUAUGCAAAUGAGAUGUAUCAACUUCAAGUUGAUUUCCCUGAGCAUUACCCUAUGGAAGCCCCUCAAGUUGUUUUUAUCCCUCCUGCUCCAUUGCAUCCUCACAUUUAUAGCAAUGGGCAUAUCUGUUUAGAUAUCCUGUACGAUUCAUGGUCCCCUGCCAUGACUGUUAGUUCCAUCUGCAUCAGCAUUCUCUCAAUGUUGUCUAGCUCACCUGCGAAGCAACGUCCUGCGGACAAUGAUCGCUACGUGAAGAACUGCAAAAAUGGCAGGUCUCCCAAGGAGACGAGAUGGUGGUUCCAUGACGAUAAAGUGUAGUAUCACAUGCUACAUACGACUACAACCUAGCAACUCCAACUCCAAACUGAAAAGCAAAGAGAAUUUGGUUUAUAAAACAAGUAGUAGUAAUAGAAGAACAACUGACAUUCUGAAUUUGCCAGUUCGCAUUGUGCGCUGAGCAAAAUUUGAAAGCUGCUAUAAUGCAGCCUUUACUUUGUAUAGCGGUGUUAGUGAUUCUGGUUAAAUGUGAGACAGAAGCAUAUAUAGGAAUAUUGUGUUUUAUGUUAUAAUGGCCGUGGCAUUAAAAGCCGGCCCUUUAUCGUCACCCUUACGUGUGAUGUACCAUGUAAUCAAACUUGCUUUGCUUGAUUAUAAGUUGGGGUUAAGAGUUC